AUGCCCGGACUUCCCAGCUCCCAGCUCCCAGAUGCAUUUAUGCCCGUUGUGCGGCUGCGUGAGCUGGGGCUGGCUCCGACGGUCGGUCGUGGCUCGGGCCCGGACAUCGUCGUUGUGCCGCAUUCUCGGGGCCGCAAGGCAAUUAAUAUUCGCAUUCGCAUUCAGGGACGUCGAGAGCCUGAAAUCUCUGACUCGGUGACUGAAAAAAAAAGUAAACCGAAAAAUAACAUAAAACGUAAAUCAACUCAAGGCAGACGACGUCCCAGUCACAGCCAGAGCCAGUCACGACCGCUAGCCACUGCCACUGACACACGCAACACACAACACACAAUAACAACAACAACAACAACAACAACAACAACAACAACAACAACAACAACCACAACAAAUACACAGGAAAAUCGGCUAAAGCUGCGGAUGCGGAUACGGAUGCAGAUGCGGAUCAACUUCCCAAUGGCCAAUUUCAGCAAUCGCAGUUACUACUACUACUACUACUGGAGCGGAGGAAACUAA